GAUUCCGGCUCGGCUCGGCUCGGCUCGGCUCGGCCCGGCCCGGCGGGCGGCCAUGGCGGAGACGGGCGGCGGGGCGGGGGCGGGUGAGGGCCCAGUCCCGGCCGCGGAGGGUGCGGAGCUCGCGGCCGUCAUCGGCGCCACCGUGCCCACCGGGUUCGAGGUGACGGCGGCCGAGGAGGUGCAGGAGAAGCUGGGCUCGGCCUCCAGGAUCAGCAGGGACCGGGGGAAGAUCUACUUCGAGGUCCCGGCCCGGGGCCUGCCGCAGGUCCAUCGGCUGAGGUCAGUGGAUAAUUUAUUUGUUGUUGUUCAGGAGUUCAAAGACUAUCAAUUUAAAGAAAACAAGGAAGAUGCUCUAAAGGAUUUGGAAGAUUUGGUUAAAAAGCUGCCUUGGACUGACCCAUUGAAAGUUUGGGAGCUGAACAACAGCUUGAAAAAGAAAAAGACAAAACGCAAAAAACAAAAUCUGCAGAGUUCUGCAAGCAAAGAGAAGUUGAAUGACGACGGAGAAGAGGAAGGAACAGAUCAAAAAGACGCGAGUGAGCAGGAGGACUGUGCCCAAAGCGCUGCAGGUGUAGAACCUGCUAGCAGCCAGGAUGCAGAAAAGACAGGAGUGGCAUCCCGAAACGGGGAGGAGGAGGAGGAUGGUAACGAACAAUCAGAUGCUAAAGACAAUCUGCAGGCGGGUUCUGGGAGCAACACCAAGGUUGGUGAGGGCGACACGAGUGAAGGAGAGGCGAAGGUGCUCAAGUUCCGUGUUACAUGCAAUAGGGCAGGAGAGAAGCACAGCUUCACAUCAAAUGAGGCUGCGAGAGACUUCGGUGGAGCUGUGCAGGAGCACUUCCAGUGGAAAGCUGACAUGACUAACUUUGAUGUAGAGGUUCUUCUGAAUAUUCACAAUAAUGAAGUAGUUGUGGGUAUUGCAUUAACCGAAGAGAGUCUUCACAGAAGAAAUAUUACACAUUUUGGACCCACAACUCUUCGUUCAACUCUCGCUUAUGGCAUGCUCAGACUCUGUGAUCCACAGCCAACGGAUAUCAUAGUUGAUCCCAUGUGUGGUACAGGUGCCAUACCAAUAGAGGGAGCUACAGAAUGGCCUAGCUGCUACCACAUCGCUGGUGAUAACAACCCACAAGCCGUAAAGAGAGCAGCAAACAACAUCUGUUCUUUACUAAAGAAAAGUGAGAAUAAGGACAGCAGCACUUCCCUGGGCAUACCCUUAGACAUCAUUCAGUGGGACAUUUGCAAUCUCCCUUUGCGGACUGGUUCUGUGGACAUCAUCGUGACAGACAUGCCGUUUGGAAAGAGGAUAGGGUCAAAGAAGAAGAACUGGGAUCUCUACCCAGCCUGCCUUAUGGAGAUGGGCCGGAUCUGCACUCCGGGGACGGGCAGGGCUGUGCUGCUUACGCAGGACAAGAAGUGCUUUGCCAAGGCCUUGUCACGUAUGGGACACAUAUGGCGCAAAGGUCAGACCGUGUGGGUGAACGUCGGGGGACUUCACGCUGCAGUGUAUCUUCUGAGACGCACCUGGGAAAGAGCAGAAGAGAAAAGAUCGUUUUGGUAGCCAAGAUUGUUUUGGUAGACAAGAGACACCUCCAGAAUUAGUCAAAUAGCAGCCUGGUAAAGCAGACACCUGAGACCAUAGGUCUGUCAAUUCUGAGGGAAAAAAGCCAAACAACCUACGUAGAAAUUGUGUAACACGAAUAUUAAACCAGGGAUCAGCCUGAGAGCUACUGGUUGUACUAUGUGUUCUGAAACCUUGUUCUCUAAACCACCUCUUUCUUCCCUGCCACCCAAACUGAAAUUCAGUAGCAGAAUUAGCAAUGCAUUCCUUUGCCUGAGCCUUCUCUACCACGACUGUUGUAUUUUUCAGUUAAAUGUUUAUUUCUUCUGCUUAUAGGAGAAAACAUGUUGAGGCAGCUUUGCAGGUAACGAUUUAUUUCCCAAACUGUAGAAAUUGUGUGUGUAUCUUAAAGUGACUAACAAGACUACUAAGACUGUCAUCUUGAAGGCUUUAGAGGUAGUACCUCUUUAACGUAGGAUUUCCCCAAACUGGAGUUUUCUAAUUUAUACCAUUGCCAAAUGUAAACUAAGGUAAUAAACCAGUGUCUGUUUUUUAUGGCCUGGUAAGCAAAUGCCAUUUAGUAAACAGUAUGCCAGUGCUACUGUUUUUCUUACCUGUUACCUCUCCUUAGUGCUAAUUAUUAGUAAAUAUCUAAUCCAUAUUUUAAUGUACCACUGCCGCGGGUGAGGGGGGCAAGACACACAGCCUUAGCAAACUGUCUGUAGUUACUAUCUGAGAACAGAGAUACCUGUAGCAAUUAUAUUUAAAAGUUCAUGUUCUCAGUGUCUACUGUAGGCACGUCAAGGUGGCAAUAUGUUUAAAUUCAUUAGGUGAUUUAACUGCCAUAGUUAUGCCACAAUAUUUACAAAAAAGACACCUGUUGAAUAACUUGAAUUUCUCAAGCCUCUUGUUCUUUGCUCAUCAGAGGCUGAAAACACUCGUUACCCGUUUGCCGUUUUCAUUGAGUGUAUCCAUGCUAAGUACGUGUAAGUGUUCGGAGGUGAAUUAACAGGUAUUAAAGUUUUAGAAGUUUUGCAGAGGAGAUAAAUCUUAAUCAUAUUCUUUUUCUGGUCUGUGUCCAGUAAAGGAUAAUGCAGACCUUUAUUUACUACACUGUUGUCUUUCUGGAUAAACUAGUGCCUACAGCGUCCAUGUGAUUCUUUCCCAGGCUGCAUGGCUUAUAUGAUAGUGUCACGGCGACGCGCACAGUUGUUGCAUGAGGCCACUGCCUAAAUACUCCUGCUGUAGUGAACUUUACAGCUUAACCUGGAUAUAUUAGAUUCCCAAAAUGUGUUAACACCUUGGUGGUUUGUUACUGUUAAUAUUUUUUUUAAAGGAAAGCCAAGCACAGUAACGUUUUAAGACCUUACAGUUUGCGUUUUGAGGGUGGGUUUGUUUGGGGUUUUUUUCCCUUGAGUUAAAGGCCAGAGUGAGAUUAGUAAAAUGCCAGCCAUCCCUUUUGGCCUGAAAGGUGAUAGGGUCAUGUGUUUGGUGUUGUUUUUUUUUUAAACCACAGCUAAUGUUGAAUAGAUUCAAAUCAGGCUGGUGUGAUUUAGCGAACUAGGCUUUAGCUAACAUCAGGAGGUGGGAACUGAAUUGACCUCUGCAGAGAAUUCAUAUUUGAUUUUUGAUACUUGUCACACUAAAAUGUACGGGCCUCACCUGUCAUAUUUCGUGGGAAACCAUAAGUUUGAAAUCAUUAAAGAGUGCAGGAACGGAAA